UUGCUGCAUUUUUGCUAGUUUUAAAUCGAAUUUGAACUAAAUACAGAUCAAUAUUAUCACGGAGAGAAUGCCAGCCAAAAGAAGAACUGCAAAUGCGGCGUCAACCAGCAAAAACGGCGAUUCCCCAUUAAGUCCGCGGGCAGACGAUCCAGCGUACCAAGAAAAAAGAAAGAAAAACAAUGAGGCUGUACAGCGCACUCGUGAGAAGACCAAGAAAUCGGCUGAGGAACGGAAAAAACGCAUCGACGAUUUACGAAAGGAGAACGCCGCUUUAAAAGUGAAGAUAGAGCAGGGCGAAAAACAUAUAUCCACUCUGAGGGAUCUGAUAAUCUCGGGCGAGAAAACUGAGGACGGACACCGCAUUAUCCAAGAGAUUCUCGCUGGCCCGGAUCCAGAUGACAAUGACUAACGAGGAGCUGCUCUUGAUUUAUUUUAUAAUAUUUACCUACUUUUAAGCUGGAUUAACUAAAUCUAACCAUGUUAGUUUUAACUAUUCAAACAAAUCGGUGCAAUCGCUCGAAUUCUAUCACCUACUUAUGAUCAGAAUUUCCAUUCUUUUCCACUUUGUCACAAAGUGUAAGUUAUCAAAAUGACAAAUGCAAGAUUAAAAUUAAUUCGAACAAGAACAAAAACAUGUUAAAAUCUAAUCUAAUUACAUUAAAUAAAGAACUUACCUAU